CCAGCCCUGGUGAUCAGCUGUUUCUUAGCUUUUGGAAAACGAAAACAAUGAGUAAGGAAUCUGGAGGACCGUCCAACACAAGAAAAUGGGCACUUGUAGCUGCUGGAGUUGGCCUAGUCUAUGUUUUGGUGCGACAUCGAAAGUCGCUGCUUGCACCCUUGCUGCGGGUCUUGCCCCGUGGCGACAUUCUACGGAACCGGCGGGUUGAAGUGAUCAACUCCGCCCAGGAUCCUGCCACGCAACUUAUAAUCAAAGAACUGAAACAACACUGCCAGAAAUUCAAGGUGUUAGGAUUCGACUGCGAAUGGAUUACGGUGGGUGGCAGUCGCCGACCGGUGGCCCUGCUUCAACUAAGCUCCCACCAAGGAUUGUGUGCCCUCUUCCGUUUGUGCCAUAUGAAGCAGAUACCCAAGGAUCUGCGAGAGUUGCUCGAGGACGAUGCUGUUAUUAAGGUCGGUGUGGCUCCUCAAGAGGAUGCCAUGAAGCUAUCCCACGACUACGGUGUGGGUGUGGCUAGUACACUUGACCUACGCUUUUUGUGCGUCAUGGCGGGUCACAAGCCAGAGGGUCUUGGAAAGCUGUCGUUUACACAUCUUGACUAUCCGCUGGACAAGAGCUGGCGACUGGCCUGCUCCAACUGGGAGGCGAAGCAGCUGGAGCCACCUCAACUGAACUAUGCCGCCAAUGAUGCCCUGGUGGCUGUCGCAAUAUACCAAAAGUUGUGCAAAGAUCUGGAGCCCAGACACUUUUGGGAUCGGCGAGAGUUGAAUGAUCAAAGUCUGCGACAGAAGUUUGAACCCUUCCUCGACGUGGACUUUACGAAAGGCUUCUCGCUCAGCGUUUCUGGCAGCGGAGUGACUCGAAAUAAGGCGGGAUCCGGGACAGGUCCAUAUAAAGAGAAGAAAUUUCUCCCUAAAAAGCAGCAGUAUCGUCAGCUUGUCACCCAGUCCAAGGCGUUCUAUGACAACUGCUUCCUUCAGGCUCCAGACGGCGAGCUCUUGUGUACCAUUGAUCGUCGCAAAGCAUCAUGGUAUGUGGAUCAAAAUCUGGGCACUCGUAUUUCUGAUGAGCCCUUAACGGUGCGUCUAAAUUUUGAGCCUGCUGGCCGGGCAGUGGGUGAGGUAGGUCGGUACUACCAGACACCUAAGGAGAAUCGCUGUGUGGUCUGCGGCCACGGCGAUGCCUAUCUCCGGAAAAACGUUGUCCCUCGAGAGUACAGAAGGCACUUCCCGGUUGUAAUGAAAUCUCACACCUCCCACGACGUGUUGCUACUCUGCCCCAGCUGCCAUCAACUGAGUAACAUCUCAGACUUACGGGUGAAGAAUAAACUUGCCGUCCAGUGCGAUGCUCCAUUCAAACACUGCGAUGGAAUGGUUAAGUACCACGACGACCCAGAACUGAAACGCGUCCACUCAGCAGGAAAGGCCCUUCUGUAUCAUGGCGACAAGAUACCAGCUGCAAAAGUAGCAUUAAUGGAGCAAACCCUUCUCGAUUUUUACACAGACUCUACAGAGGUCAACGAAGCUCUAUUGCGACAAGCAGUCGAAGUCGACUACCGAGUGGCGAACUCUGAAUACUGUCAGCACGGAGAACGGGUGGUCCAGCGAUACCGUGACCAGUUUGGUGGCCUUGUCGAGCUGGAACGACUUUGGAGAGAGCAUUUCUUACAUACCAUGCAGCCACGCUUUUUACCCGAACUGUGGAGCGUAAACCAUAACGUAGACCGUUUGGAGGUUCGGGCCAAUGAGGGUCGUGUGGACGAAGCCGAUCUAUUGGUGGCCGGAUUGGAAGCAAAACCAAAGAUCGGAUAAUUCAGUGUCUUAAUUACUUUGCCACGGGCUUUGUACGUUUUGUAUUUAAAUUUCAUUAAACAUAAACUAAAAUUUGA